UUCACCAACAAAAUAUUAAAGCAACGUCGACAAGAAUCAUCGCAAAAAAAGGAUUUGUUACAAAUGAUGUUGGAUACUAAAAAUCAUGAAGAUGGUUUAACUGAUUUUGAAAUAUAUGAUCAAAUAUUGGAGAAAUUAGUUAAAGAAAUCGAUGAGGCUUUAGUAGGAAUUGGCCGUGAAGAAGUUCCAACCCAUGACAAAAUAAAACAUUUACCUUACUUAAAUGGGGUUAUUAACGAAGGGCUUAGGCUCUUCCCUACUA